AUGAAACACGCGUCCCCACAAUCUGGAGAUAGGGUCAAACGUCGAAAGAUUGCUGUUGCCUGUGAUGAUUGUCGCUCGAGAAAGGUUCGCUGUGAUGGUGUACAGCCAGAAACUCGAAUCAAACAAUUGGAAGGCCCUAAAGAUUACAUCAAGGCUUCAGGAUCAGAUCCCACAACAGUGAGCUAG